AUGGCGGCACUCACCACAGUACUUCUCCAGGUCGUGCCGUUAUUUGUAGUUAUCCUCUUUCUUCUAAAACUAUUUCAAAUUCUGAAAAAGAGGUCUGACUUAAAGAAAGUGUUCAAGGACUUUCCAGGGCCGAAACCUCACUGGCUGUAUGGUAAUAUGAAAGAGAUCACUGGUGACUUAGAUGGACUGUUGAGAACUGCCGACUAUGCUGCCACCUACAACGGUGUAUUUCCUGUGUGGAUGGGUCCUGUAGACGCUUACUUAAACAUGGUUCACCCGUCUACAGCCAAGCAUGUUUUAUCAGGAUCAGAUCCAAAAGACGAGUUUUCCUAUGCGUUGAUGCGGCCUUGGAUCGGAGAAGGUUUACUCCUGGCGGGCGGACGGAAGUGGGACAGAAACAGACGCAUGCUUACUCCAGCAUUCCACAUGGACAUACUGAAACACUACGUUAAAAUAUUCAACCAAUCAACGCAAGUGUUGGUGAAAAAAUGGCGGGAAAAUCCUGGAUGCGAGGAGAUGUUUCAUCACAUGAGUCUAUUAACAAUGGACAGUAUGAUGAAGUGUUUGUUUGGUCACCAUAGCAACUGUCAGCUGGAAACGGUGCGCCCCGCGUACAUCCAGUGUGUGUAUGACGUCUCUGACCUCAUCAUCAAGAGGAUCAUGAAUCCGCUUCAUCACUACGGCUUCAUAUACUCUAUGUCUGAAAACGGACGUAAAUUUAAAUACGCUUGCGAUACAAUACACGGACACUCGAAUAUGUUGAUAGAACAGAGGAGAAAAUUGUUAGAGACAGAGAAAUCCGGAUCAAGAAACGUCGACUUUCUGGACAUUUUACUCACGGCAAAGGACUCGGACGGCCAAGGACUGAGUGACCAGGAGAUUCAGGACGAGGUGGACACAUUUAUGUUUGCGGGUCAUGAUUCCACAGCCAGUACAUUGUCCUGGUGUCUUUAUAACCUGGCCCUACAUCCCGAGUAUCAGGACCUGUGUCGGGAGGAGGUGGAGCGGGAAUGGGGGGACAAGUCCGAGCUCACGUGGGACGACAUUCACAAAGUGUCCUUCACCUUUAGCUGUAUCAAAGAAAGUCAGAGGUUAUUUCCACCUGUGCCAAAUGUGUCCAGGUGUGCUGAAAAGGACAUUACCUUACCUGAUGGCCGCAAUAUACCAACAGGUAUGAGAAUGGCAGUGUCAUUGUUUGCUCUACACAGGAACCCGGAUGUUUGGGACAAUCCUGAAGAAUUUGACCCAUACAGAUUUUCCGAAGAGAACAAGAAAACCAAUGCCGGCUCCGGGAAUUUCAUCCCUUUUUCAAUGGGCCCUAGAAACUGUAUAGGACAGGCUUUCGCAACGACCCAGUUGAAGGUUGUCGUUCCAACGGUAUUACGUAACUUCCGGUUGACCCUAGACCCCACUCGGCCAGCGGAACCGGAAGCCAUGCUCAUCCUUAGAAGUAAAAAUGGACUUUAUCUUAAUAUUAAAGCAUUGUGA